GUCGAACACUGAUUGGCCGCGGUGACGACGUGCGGGGUGCAGGGCGCCAGGUGACGUCGCACGACGCAUGUUCCGUGCUAUCGAAUCCGAGUGACAGGUGGUGCGGCUCAGGCUCGGCAGGGCAGGCUCGGCUCAGCUCGGCUCUCAAUCCCGUGCGGUGCACACACUUGGUACGUGAUCGUUGGCGUGAAUAACACGGUCCGUCGUGCACUGUCGUGGACGUUUGACAUUACUGCCGAAAAGCGUGGCGCACCGCUGUACCUGUCCUUUGAAGGGAAAUCAUCAACGAGAGAAGAGGAUACUCUACGGUCCUGUCACGUCGCACACGUCGCGAGGACGCGAGUUGCGUGUUACUCCAAAAACGGCACCUGGGACACCCGUCGUCAUCCUUCCAAAUUGUGCAAAUCGCGGUGACAUGCACGCACGAUCACCCGUGCGUCGCUGCUCGUAGGUGCUCCACCCUUCCCCCGUGUUCAGUUCCUACGAUGUGUACCACGUAUCCGCGCGACUCACCCGGGAGAUUCAGCUGCAGAAGAGUGUAUUCGAGAUUACUCUACGGCAGGCCAGGCAUAAAACCGCCUAAGGGAUUUUCGUUUCUCAUUCGGUGUUGGGACAAGGUUGGCGGAUCUAUAUGGGGCAAUGCGUGUCUCGUAAGGCGGGCGCCGUCGUCGCAGCAUCCGGUCAUCACAAUUCACCCUCGUACCGUAUCAUGGACAAGGCCCAGAAACAGGGCUCUUCGAAGCGCGGCACGUCGCACACACGCGGCACCGCGAUGUCCUUCGGCUUCAGGCGACGACCCGCCAGCGGGAUUCCUAUGCCGAUAACGAACUAUGUCGCCGGUACCACCAACGAGAAGAGCCUGCUGCAUCCACGAUCAAAGUCAGCCGGCCCGGAGCAGGAUCGCAGACGGAUGAUGGAUGAUGAUAACAGCAAUAUGAUCCACAAUUCGUCAUCCGGCCGAUCGACACCGCGGUUGGCACCGCCAAAGAAGGACUCGAGUGGUAUCGGCGUCAGGACAAAUCGCUUCGGUUAUCGGCAGCCGCAAGCGAGAUUCACGAACAAGGUUGGCGACAUCUGCAACAGCCACAACAUCAGUCACUACAAUCAGGAGAAGCUGCAGCAAUAUUCGCAGCAACAGCAGCAGCAACAACAAGAGAACUACUUUAUCAAACAGCAACAACCAAACAGGGUCGUUGCGCACGUGCCACAGCAUUUGUGCAGCACGACGGUACCAGCAAAAUCUCGUCCGCCGCAAUCGAAUAACAUGGCUUACAGCGGCAAUUCGAUGAUGCAACACACAGACGCGAAUAAACGAGUCUCAGGCAUUCCAGAACCCAUCAGUAGGUACACGUUGCAUACCAGUCAUCUGCCGCUACCUCAAUAUGCCGUACGGGUAAACGACUCAAAUUCUAAGAUCGCCAAGACUGCAGCAAAUCAAAGUAGAAAGAUAUCCACGUCGAAAGGCUCGUCCAGUUCGAAGGAAGGUUCGGUGACUGAGGAUUCGGGUGUCAGCAGCCAGCCGACUGGUCCGGAAGACAAUGAUAGAAUCAGAUCGAUGGAUUACAUGGAUGAUGCUUCUCUGAGGAGACGCGGCGUCGGCAGACCAAGAAACUUGCGCAUGGUGGUGUCCGGCAAAAGCUUUGACGUGAGAGAUGUCCGUGACGACGACAGCACUGUCACGGAGAUCUCCGUGAUCCCGUUGCCCAAAUCUUUCGCAACCGCUGCGGUGAAUCUAAAUACUGGCUUUGUGCGAGAGCGGGCUACGCAAUAUCAGCGAAUCGUUAACAAGGACAAUAGAUACACCGACUCGACCGCGUCAAUGUCCACCACGUCCUCGGAGGGCUACGACGAGGGAUGUCUGAGUGAGGAAAAGGUCUACAAAGAUCGAUCGCGCACAGAAAAGGUCCCGUCCAUCAAAUCGGACUUUAGCCCUCCCAGUUCGGACGAUCCCGAAUAUGGACACGGUGAAGCCAUGGCAGACGAGUAUUCGUUGAGCUCCAGCGAUGAAUACCAGCGUACCAACUCCAUCAUCGCUCAGCACGCGCAAGCAAUCACCGCUGCCACAAAAAGCGGCGCAACAUCGAAGAACGCUCUACGCUCGGUGUUGCUCACCAUCGAAGAUCCCGCAUUCGCCGCCGCCGCUGCUACUACAACCACUUUAAUAGACGACGAGACUUCACCGGUUGACAGCCUGUUUGACAGUCCUACCGCCAGCAUCACGCAGUCGGAUGGAAAGCCCUCGAAGAGGGAUGAAGAACACGCGCACGAGCGUUCGGACAACACUCUCGAGGAUGACGGUCCGGGCACGCCGACGAACGCUUCUAACUCGCUUAGCUUGUCCGAGGGUAGAGAGUUCUUCGACGAUGAAAUCGCGGAUCAACCCGGAUUGAUUUUUGAUGAUAACAGCCCGAGAGCAAGAAUCGAAACGCAAUCCGCUAUGGGAGGUCAAGUAAUCACCGAAAAUAGCCAUACUCUGGUUGAGACAAGCUCUAAGAAUGGCGUGCAUAUCAAAGGCGUAAUGAAUAGUCCUCAUCACGGGCAACGUUUGCAUCGAGCAGGCAGCGUAGACACUUUAUCGCCCUGCGAAUCCAUUGCAUCGGACGAUUUAAUGUUAGAUUACGACGGCAGCGACGCAAGCUCUUACGAGGAACAACAGCGAUUAAAUUCCAAUCCUGCGUUGCACGAGCUGGAUGACGCAACUAUAAUUUCCGAGCUGGAAGCUCAGGGCGAAGAAGUGAUGAGGCAAUGGAGUUCAUUGCUGAACACUGCGCAUAUGGAGGAGGUGAAUUCCAAUUCCGCCAACAACAAUUCCAUCAACAGCGGUAACAUUAACAGUCAGGCCGCCACCGAAUCCGGAAUCGGAAGUGACAGGAUGUCAAGGCUAUUACGCAGUAGAUCGGGAACGGAAUCGCCUCGUUCGUUAGACAACAUGCGCAAUCGUCAAGUUUCUAGUCCUAUGAGAACGUCGGGAAGUGUAUCAUCCUCGUGCGUCGAUUCCGGUGACGAGGCCAGCCUCAGGAUAGACCGCGGCACGUAUCAGUACAUGUUCCAGGACAUCGUCUCCAUAAAGACGAUGCUCCUGAAGCUCAAACGAGUUCUUCAGGAGUCAGGAGAGAACGAUUUGACGAGGACAGAAACUCUCAACCCAUUCGAUAAUCCGAAGAAUGGCCUCUUCUGUAACCUGAACGAGGGUGGAAGUAACAUGACUGACGUGAGCACUUCACCGGGAAGUGGUGGUAGUAGUAUUGCGGACGAACUGGCGGAUCUGAGAAGGCAGGUGGUGUUCCUUCAGGGUCAGGUGGAGGACCGAGAUCGCACGAUACAAGUGCGGGAUCGUACCAUCGAGCUACUUGAGGUAAAUAACGAGCUCCAGAUGUCGAAGCUUCAAGAACCUAAGAAUGGCGAUACUCAAAGCUGUACUUUGUCUACACGCAAUAUCAACAUCUCCUCUGGAGAUACUUGUAACGCCGCUACUCAAACAGAGAAGACACGUCCAGUAUCGGCGGGACCCUCGCUCCUACAGUCACUCCCACAGGAUGGUGUCAUGGGGCCUCUCGUUAGUUGGAGUGACUCGUUGGACCGUCAGCGACCAUCACUGCUCUCCGAGCUUAACUCCGCCGGGAGCCAUCGCAAGCCAAUCGAACGUUUACCUCAUACGCUAAGACUCCGUCAGGAACAGACUCCGACACGUCGCAUCAACGUGCAUGCGAGAAGACACUCGUCGGAAUGCGUGUCCGGCUCGCCCACCAAGCCGAAGAAUUGCAUAAAAUCGCCAUGCGAUUUGAACGACACAGAACAACGUGACGCUAAGAUAGAAGGAAACACUGUCAAGUCUCUCAUUCCGACACCUAGAAAACUACGGCUUUAACGACACGCCGGUUAUAUCGAUCUUUUUUGCGUAUAGCAACGUUUCUUUUCGUUCCAGACGUCCGCAUCCUCGAAGUACAGAAAAUCUUUGAAAGGCAUAUUAAUCUCCUUGCAAAAUAAACAUUUCGUGUGAAUGAUUUGUUCGUAAGGAGAUCAGAUAUGUCUUUUAAAGGUUUUCUGUACUUCGGAAAGAAUUUAAUUUGUAUAUAGUUACUCAAUCGCAUUUUUGCCAGACGGUCUUCGACUGAUUCGGACGUCCAAGUUAUAAAAUGAUCUCGUUUUAUCUGCUCGUAAUUAGUUCUCUGCGCGACAUGAUGUUCUACGCGUUAACAAUGAUGUAUGUAUCAUUUUAUAUUAUGCGUCUUCUGAUAUAAUUCGCCACAAUAUUUAUGUAACGUGGUACAGAGAGUGUCGCGCGAAGCCAUCUAUUCCUGAGCGGAUAUUUCGGUGUGUAAUUCGCGCCCGCGCGCGUUAUGGGUACGGAUACACUUUUAAUAUUAGUAAAUUUCAUUUCUUCACUUAAACGUAAAUUUAUCAAGCAAAUUUUCUUUCUAUAGUUAAUUCGCUGUAAUCAAACAAAAAUUAGACGCAGUUUAUCAUUGUUAAUAAUGUCACAAAAAAGCGUUCGUAUUGUAUUUUAUUUGUCGUCGUCGUUCAAAGAUAUCACAAAUACGUUUGAAUAAUUUUGAGAAAGUUGCACGAAUGUAACUUCGGUUUGUGGAUAUAUCUUGUGACAAAUAGACACGGAUUACGAUUAUAAUUAGUGAAGCCAGGGUAUUAUGUAAAUUCCACAAGUAAUUUUAAUUUAUUGUGUGCUUGGUAUGUGCUUGGUGCUAGUAAGUUCGUAUUCGAUAUUAUAAGUAAAUUCGUAUAUGAUAUUUAGAUUCUCUUGUCUUUCGUGUAAUCACAUCGACAGCACGAAUAAAUCCAAUUCGAAUCUCCUAAUGUUAAAAAUUUAGUUUUUGAAAUUCAAGAUCGUAAUGUAGUUCGAGUUAUUCUUCCGAUCUGUAAUCUCACAGAUUAUAUAUAAUUUUUAUAGAUUAUAUAUUCUUCUAAUAAGCUUGAUAAUUCAAACGAUGUGUAUUAAAAAAAUAUACAUGUUUAUACAGGGUGUCCCAAAAAGGUCGGGAUACCUAAAUAUC